AUGACUCAAGAUCCCCGUGUCCUGCUCCAAAAAGCCGAUAAAGCGCUAUCCGGUGCCUCUAGCGGCUUCGGUUGGUUUGGAGGAAGAGGAGAGAAAUAUGAGAGCGCUGCAGAUCUGUAUACCCAGGCUGCAAAUGCGUUCCGAGUACAGAAAAUGAACAAGGAGGCCGGUCUUGCUUUUGAGAAAGCUGCCUCCAUCCAAACUCAGAGCCUCAACGAACCCGACGACGCUGCGAAUAACCUCCAGGAAGCGUUCAAGGUCUACCGCAAGACAGACCCCGAGGAUGCUGCCCGUGUACUUUCCAGUGCCAUCCAGCACUACGUACUACGAGGAAACCUGCGCCGUGCAGCAACGCAACAGCAAUACCUGGCUGAACUGUAUGAGGUGGAACUUGGAGAUAUGAAGAAGGCGCUAGAGGCGUACGAGAAGGCUGCCGAUUGGUUCGAGGGUGACAAUGCUGAAGCCCUCGCAAACAAGCACUACCUCAAAGUGGCGGACCUGUCUGCCCUGGAAAGUGACUAUUACAAAGCCAUCACCAACUACGAACGCAUCGCCCGAAGCUCUAUUAACAACCACCUGAUGAAGUGGUCUGUGAAGGAUUAUCUUUUGAAGGCAGGCAUCUGCCACCUUGCCACAAAAGAUCUUGUUGAGACUAACCGUGCUUUGGAAUCAUACCGAGAACUCGAUCCUUCCUUUAGUUCGACAAGAGAGCACCAGCUACUCGUAGACUUGACCCAGGCUGUCGAGAAUGGUGACCAGGAAGGCUUCGCCGACAAGCUCUUCCAGUAUGACCAGCUCAGCAAACUGGACAAGUGGAAGACAACUCUCCUUCUGAGGAUCAAGAAUAACAUUGAGGAAGCUGAAGAGGACUUCUCGUAA